UUCUAAAUUUUGACUAUUAUAGAUUUUAUUUUUCUUAUUAAACUAUUAUGAUGUUCUACUACAUUAUGACUUUAAAUGUUUACAUUUUUACUAUACUUUUAACAAUGGUUGUAUGCAAGAAACCGUUAUUGCAAAUGCUUCCACCUAUACGUCAUGAGCUACGCAUUAAGAGUUUAGAAUUAACAUUCAAUAAAACAUUUGGAAAAACUUUUAUUGCUGAAUUUAAGCAGUUCUACGAUGUUCAAUUGCUUAACUUUAACGUAACAAUUUAUAGAAAAACCAGUCCAGAACGCAUUAACGUAGAAAUAAUCAAAUGCAAGGAAAAUUUUAUCGACUGCUCUAAUCUAAGAACUUGUGACUAUUAUCACGUUUGCGAUACAAUAAAAACAUUAUUGUUUUUUGGAGUUAUUGGUUAUAAAAAUCGUGAUAUAAAAUGCCCAUUUGAAGGUGAAUACAUUGUAUUAAACUCAACAUUCAACCCUAACCAAGCAUUUUCAAUGUUAUUAGCUCCUACUGAAAAAUGGUGGGAAAAUUCCUACAAAAUAAAUGUAAAUGUUUAUGAUUCAUCUGAUGUAUUUAUAAUGAAACUUUAUGGAACGGGAUACUUCUUGACUUUUAGAAAUAAAAAGUUAUGAUAUAUAACAUAUAUUAUAUGCGCAAUUUUGUAAAAAAAUAAAAUAAAAUAAAUAAAUUGAAUGACUUUUGAUGUAUAAUUGAACAUAUUUAAUAUAUUUAUAGUUUUUAAUAAAAAUAAGACAAAAUAAAACGAUUAACUUCUAAGAAAUUUCUAAUUUAACGUACUCCAUUAAAUUCAAUGGGGUAGUAUGUAUAGUCUUGUGGUAGGGAACAUGUCAUAUCUCAGUGAGUAGGUUGUGUGUUCAAUUUCAUUCCACUGAGCUAUUUAUAUUUUACCAAACACUCUAUCGCGAAUAUGAAGUACUUUAAAAAAGAAAGCGUUAAAUAUUUAUUAAAAAAAAAAAAUCGGUAGCACAGUGUGGACGAGGUAUAGAUGGGGCAAGUAUA